UAGAAUCAGAAAAAGUCGAUGUUGCCCAAUUAUCACAUGACUUAAAAACCUCUUCAACAGAUAUGAUAAGCGUGACAAAUUGUCACGCGCACGUGACUGAACCAUCUCAAGAAAAUGAUCAAGAUAAGUCAAAGACUCGAAGCUCUGCUUCCUCGGAAUUACCAGAAGCUAAG